CGUCGGUUUGUAUUUUUGGAGAGUCUUCUGCUGAGAAAUUUGGCGAGAGCGAGCGAGCGAGCGGAGGAGAAGAGUUUCCGUUAUCCUUUCUCUCUCUACAGAAAACCAGUUUUUCCCCUUUGUGUUUUCUCCCUCUCUCUAGAAAAAUCCAUCGAAAUCUUAUCGCCCCCUAAACCAGAAACGAAUUAGGGUUUUUCGGUAUCUCCUCCUUCAUCGAAUCCACCCAAUCCUCUUCUUCAAGAUUUCCGUAUUAUCUCCUCAGCAGCCAGCCAGCCAGCCAGCCAUGGUGUCCGAUUCAAUCACCCCCAACGCCUCCAUUCCUUCCGCCCCGAAGGAUUUCGCGAAGAAGAAGAGGGCCAAUAGGUCCGCCAGAUUGAAGCAGUGCAAGCUGGAUGCCCGUCGUGAGCAAUGGCUUUCUCAAGGAACGGGUAAGAGCAAGGGAAGCCAGGAGCAGAAGAUGUCUCCUCGUGCUUCUCAACCUCCUCUUUCCCCUUGCAAGAACAAAGAGAGGAAGAGGAAUCCGCUUGAGAAGUUGGAGACAAGGAGAGGAGUGGUGGGUGAAGAGGAGAAUGAGAAUGGUACCAUUCAUCAUCAUCAUCUCCAUCAUCAUCAUCACGACUUCGAUACAGAUUCACCUUCUAGUAGCCCCAUCAGCAACAGUAGUGUGCUUGGGGUUACUGAUUCGGGCACAAAUUUCACUGCUUCUUCGAGUUGCAGUGGAAGCAGCAGUGGGGGCUCUUGCUCUGGCAAUAUAACUGAAGAUGAGGAAGAGGAUGGAGAGGAGGAAGGGGAGGAGGAAGAUGAUAAUUGCUUGGAUGAUUGGGAGGCUAUGGCAGAUGCUUUAGCAGCAAAUGAUGAUGCUAAAGAGGAGAAGAGCCCAAAUGAUGAUCCCCAUUUGGGUUCAGGGUUACCUCGUGAGCACGAGCCUUCAAUCCAAUCACAUUGUUUAGGCUCCAAUGUCAACUUGAGGCCAGAAUGCCCGCGAGCUACCCCUCCGAGAACGAUGUCAUGUAACACUCGGGCCUGGAGGCCAGACGAUGCAUUCCGUCCACAGACCUUGCCCAAUUUGGCAAAGCAGAGAAGCCUUCCACAUACGAACAGAUCCUAUGGUCACGGUGGGCUCGCUUGGGCCAAAUCUCUUAACACGCCUUCCAGCUGUCCUAUAUGUUGCGAGGAUUUGGACCCCACAGACUCAAGUUUCUCGCCCUGUACUUGCGGGUUUCGGCUUUGCUUGUUCUGUCACAAGAGGAUUCUUGAAGAGGAUGGUCGUUGUCCUAGCUGUAGGAAGCCUUACCAGCAGGAGCAUAACAAAGUAGAGGCUGAGCCAUGUGUACAUGGGGGUAGCCUGACUCUAAGGUUGGCUCGCUCCUGUAGCAUGAGGUCCUAAGCAAGCAGAGAGUAGAUGGGUGAUCUCGAAUUUGUGUAUGUUGCGUCUAAACUGUCUCCUUUCUUUUGUCACGCAUGUCCUUUGUUUCUAGUUUUAGUCUCUCCAAUUUCGUAGAACCUAGAUAUUGCGGACAUAAGUGGUUUCUGUUUCCCUUUUGGCACCCCAGGAAUUUGAGCUAGUUCUGCAAGGUUCGGUUCUUGUCGUGUAUGGUGCGUAUGCUUACUACUGUAGAGGAUUCAAGUAUGGUAAUGUGAAUAGAGAAGAUGGUAUAGAAACAAUACAUAAAAGAUGAUUUUGACAAAUCUAGUUCUGAGUUUGUUUUGUGCUCUGUGGGACAUAUAUUAUAAUUUGUUAUCCACUUAUGCUCGUGGUUGUGGCUUGUUCUUAAUAUCCCUUCAGUGUGUUGUGCAAAGAAUAUACUUUGUAUCGUACACUUCUCUUUGUGGUUUGUUUUCCAGUUGCCGUUUCUGUUUCUAUCCACUUCAAUGACUUGUUUUUUUUGUUUAUAUAUCUUGUAUAUAUAUAACGCGGCCUUCUGUAAGCUUAUAUAGUCUGUGCUAUAGACUCCCCUUUUCUCCAGCGCUGCAGAAGGCAGCACAGGUUAUGGCAUAAAUCUGUACUUAUUUUCUUUCACUAACGUUUUGCGUUCUCUAAUUCGUUUAUGGCAACUUUGUGCAAGCUCUGUAUUUAUGGAGCUUUGUCGAUGGUCAUAUGACAACCAAGUCCCAUUAUUCCGUGGGGAUAGUUACAAGGUAGCUUCUCCCUUAUUAUUUUGUUAAUGUGGACACGUUUAUGGGGUCGAUGUAUCUAUGCAUCAUUGCCAUUGGUGCCUAAAUGAUUGCUUUAAUUAUUAUGCAUGCAUGCAUACAUGAUACAUGUCUAGAAGUCAAUUGGCAUUUCAUUUAUUUUUCUGUCUGUGUUGGGAAUAACUCUCUCGCCCCACACACCCCUGUCAUUACAGUUUCUGACCGCCUAGCAUAACGUCAUUCCUCGUCUCAUGUCAUCUGCACAGAUUGAGUGGUAAUUUUUUCUGGAAGAAAGUCUUAUCUAGGUGCCCCAAAAUGAUGUAGAUACCGCAUCUUGGCUACUCGUUAUCGUGUUGCAGUCCAAGAAAACAGCAGAGGAAAACUGGGUUGACGUUAACAUAGUUUGUUGUGUUUCAGAAGAUAAGUUUGUUGUACUAAGUUAAAGCAUGCAAGAAAGAGGGGAGUGAUGUUGUGGCUUCUGCUUCAGCAUGGUUGAAUGUCUGAUCCGGGAAUCUACAAAUACUUAGAUUUUGAUAUGUGAGCAUAGGUCAUCCCUGAAUCUGCUAAUCUUUCAUGUGGCUGAAUCUCCUCUAUUGCUUAUAAGUUACAUUUCACUUGGCGAUUGAUGCAGCAAUCUGGGUUGUCUUUUUUUUUCUUCUUCCCUAUGUCGCGCUGCUUGCUUUGGGGUUCUGUGGUGUGUGGGUUGUCAACGAAACUAUAAAUUUUUUAGAUGUGUAAAAAGCUGUUAGCUGAAGUAAUGCCUGCCUACUCUGUCCCCUGCAUGUGAAAGAGAUGUAAGGUUUGAAUCUGAUUUUGCACUUGGCCUUUGUGGUUCUGAAACUGUGAACUGGCAAUGAGAGCCAGGUAGCUUUGUUAUCUUCUUUUAGUUUUGCUGCCCAAUGUCAUGCGUACGGUGUGUCACAGUUUGGGGGUUGCGAAUAUCCCUUGGCUUGGCCUCCAUGUGGUUUGGUUUUCCUUUCUGGUAUAACAGCAGCAGCAGCUUCCUACUAUGCGCACGGUUGGUGCUUUCAUUCUUUGGGCAUGAGAAAGAUGUCCAAUUCUGCUUUUCUUUUUCUUUAGCGGGCAACUCUGUUUACGUCGGAUGACCAGAAAACAGAGAGUUCAUGAUUUGAUCAAUGAAUGCAUGAGAAAUUUGGUGAAUUAAGUGGACUUUAUUUACAAAACCGCCAAACUGUACUGGAACUCUUACCUGACUAGUUAGCGGAAUAGUAUUCUAUUUGUGCCGGGCCGAUCGACCCAAAGUCGUCCCUUACCGUCGAAAUAGUCCAAAUCUGCCUAAUACACAUGCCUCGUGGCUGGUUGCUUAGGGUCUUCUUUCUAUGUCCAAUCCCUCCCUUCUUUCUUCCCUCCGCAGGCCACCUUUUGAUACUCAUUCUCUCAUUCAACACUUGGUUUUAUUGUUACUCUGUUUGGUCUUUUUGUUACUCCGUUCUCCCAUAGACCACCCCACCUUCAGUAACAUGUUUUUUUUUUUUUGUGUGUGAAAAAUGUUGGUAAAUUAUGUCGUUCUAAGGUAUAUAUUGAUGAUAUGUAAGGAUACAAUGUUAAGUACAACUAUGAUAAAGUGGAUUCGAAAAAAAAAUCUAAGUAGGUCCGACCAAAGAGACCCGUCCCAAAUCAAACUCGACGUUUACUCAAUCCAAACUAAUAAAUAAAUGAAAAAACA